CCACCCACCCACCAUGUCAACCACACCCCCUCUGCUGUGCUUCAAGGAUGCAUUUUCAGGAUGCCUGUCGUGAAAGUAGGGGUCAAGUCAUGAAAGGGAAAGCACGUAACAUCCUGAAUGGAUGGUGAAAAAGUUGAAGAAGGAGGAAAGUGGUUAAUAGUAUAUGCAGCAAUUUGGUCGGGCAGAAUUCGGUUCUUUCGGUGUGUGUUCAAGUUUUGGAGUCUGGAUCCGGAGCAUCAGAAAGAAAGGGCGAGGUUAUCGCAAGAAAUCUGAAGUCAUAAAAUUUCAAUACACGGGCCAAACGUGAAUUUAUUUUGCCCUCUUGGUGAAAGCUGGAAGAUUGUCCGGAGAAAAACGGAAUAUGAAUAUUAGAAGCUGACGACUUGGUGUUAGGUUCGGAUAGGAGGACGUUGUUGUUGGGCCUGAACACUCACUGGUGGACAACGAUUGGGUGAUUUGACGUGAUUCCAUUGUGUAGAACACAAAUACGGUUGACCUGUUAACCUGUGUUCAUCUAAUUGGUGUGACUGUCUGUGAAUCUAAAUACAUAGUAAUUGGAGAAAGAGAAAGACGCAUGACCAACCACCUCUUCCCCAAGAGUAUUAGUUGACUUAUCCAUCAGGUAGAUCAGCAAGUUGGAAUAAUAUUUAAAGGACUGUGAUCUCAUCCCACAUUUCGAGAGUCAAGUAUGAAUGAGUUAGACUCCCUGCGCCAGGAAGCCGAAACGUUAAAGAAUGCUAUUCGAGAUGCUCGAAAAGCGGCAUGCGACACCACGCUUAUCGAAGCCACGGCGUCGAUGGACCCAAUCGGCCGGAUCCAAAUGCGAACGAGGAGGACACUGCGGGGUCACCUGGCGAAGAUCUAUGCUAUGCACUGGGGUUCUGACUCAAGGAACCUAGUAUCAGCGUCUCAAGAUGGAAAGCUCAUUGUUUGGGACUCUUACACGACAAACAAAGUGCAUGCCAUCCCCCUGCGCUCGAGCUGGGUUAUGACUUGUGCCUAUGCACCCUCAGGCAGCUUCGUCGCUUGUGGAGGAUUGGACAAUAUUUGUUCGAUCUAUAGGGCUUGUGGAAUAUUUAGCUUGAAGACAAGGGAAGGCAAUGUCCGCGUAAGCAGAGAGCUCCCUGGACACACGGGCUACUUGAGUUGCUGUCGGUUCCUAGAUGACAACCAAAUUGUCACGAGUUCAGGUGAUAUGACCUGUGCUUUGUGGGACAUCGAAACUGGCCAACAAUGCACUUCCUUCACUGGUCACACUGGGGAUGUAAUGUCUCUAUCCUUAUCUCCUGACAUGAGAACCUUUGUCUCUGGAGCAUGUGAUGCAUCUGCAAAGCUCUGGGAUAUCCGAGAUGGGUUAUGUCACCAGACAUUUUCUGGACACGAGUCCGACAUUAAUGCUAUUGGAUUUUUCCCUAAUGGAAUGGCGUUUGCCACGGGUUCGGACGAUGCGACGUGCCGACUAUUUGAUAAGAGGGCAGAUCAAGAAUUGGCCAUGUAUUCGCAUGAUAACAUCAUUUGCGGUAUUACCUCGGUGGCCUUUUCCAAGUCGGGUCGCUUAUUACUUGCCGGCUAUGAUGACUUCAAUUGUAACGUGUGGGACUCGAUGAAGACAGAGCGAGCUGGUGUCUUAGCUGGUCACGACAAUCGAGUGAGUUGCUUAGGAGUUACAGAAGACGGAAUGGCUGUAGCAACGGGAUCUUGGGAUAGCUUUUUGAAAAUAUGGAAUUAAAUGUUAUCAUCUAGCUUUACAAAAUCGUCAACCAUAGCAACAUCACCUUAUGAUCAACAACAAAAAGGUGUCAUUAACACCGAGAGAAAAAGAAUGUGUGUUUCUUCGAUACGUCAUCUGCCAUUUACCCCUUUGUAAAGUGUUUUAUUUACGGUUCCGCCUUUCGAGUUCUGUUUUACUUGUUCAAGAACAAUGGUGUGUUUUAGUAAUGUAAGAUAACAUUGAGUAGUAAUUUUUGAUACGUUACGAUACUCUCCUUGAUUAGAGUCAUAAUUGCCCAUUAAUAUUCGUUGCAAGAUUGCAAUUCAGUCUGGUUUUAACAAAUUAUUCGACUUUGAGACUUGUCCGUAAUUUCUUUUUGACGGUCAAAUUCCAAGUCAUUUUAUUAAUAAUAUGUAAUUAGUGAAACUUUCAAUUGAAAGGUUUUCCAUAAAUGACACACAGCUUAUGAAAUUGUACGAGUUAUUAUUAUUAUUGUUGUUACUAUUGUUAAAAUGUAUAAGUAUGGGGGUGUUGUUGGUUGCACGAGAAUCAGUCAGCAAAAAAACCUUAGGUUGGUCCGGUAUGUAGGUCCAUCUUACAAUUUAAAACUGCCAAGUUUAGAAAUUUUCAAAUUUACUACAUACAUACACGAAGCACAAUUUAUCAUUUGCUUAUUAGCACAAAAACCUCUUCCACUACAAACUACAACAAUGUACGCACGAAACAUCCGAUGCUUACUGCUUUUGAAUGUGUACGUAAAUAUCCAUUUUAGUGUGACUGAAUUACUAUUACUAUUAUUAUUAUAUUUAAUGCGCUACAGUUUUUUGUUGAAAAGAAAAGCUCUGUUAAACAGGUAAGUAUUUAUUGCUAUCAGGUUAGAUUUAUUAACUUUUAUGUAAUGAUACUGGUGGUUAUAUGUCAAUUCUUUAUUCAGCGAGUUUAUAAUGCCGAGAUAUACGAUAUACGUGUAUUCAACCGAGUUUAAUAGUAUUUUAUGUUUUAUGUCAAUGUGUUAAGGAAAAACUUAAUUCCAAUUUCUGCUUCUAUUCUUAACUCAAAACACUCCGCUAUUGAGCACGAUUUGUACUGUAUGAAAAUUAAUUACGAAUAUUUGAUAAAGUUUAACUGACUACCACUUCUUACAUAUUUUUAUUUGUCCUUUAUUUCAUAACUCUUAUUUGAUACCCCAUUUGACGGGCUCUUGAGUUAUUUCGUUCGUACUUUAAACAUGAUUUUUGUAGUUGAUAUUAUUGGAAUUCUAAUUAUGAUUAUCUAAUGUUGUUGUUGUGAGCUGAUCUGGGACCAGACAAACCAUUUCCCUGAUAUAAAAAAUAGGUAGUGAUACUCAACUCAAUAGCUUUGCAUGUAUUUGUAUGUACAAGGGCAUCGCCUACAAAUGGCGUCUUUUUUAUUUUUAUUUUAUUUUGUUAAAAACGUUUCAUGUGGAUGGGCUUUUCUAUAAGAUUGUAAAAUAUUAUUUGAUUUCAAUAUCUGCAUUAAAUUAGUUUAUUAACAUAUGCGUUACCGUUGUAUUGGAAUUGUUGUCGUGUUACCUACCAAUUCAUAUGCUCCCAAUUAUCCUUGAGGUCACCCCGCAAAACUGCACGAUCUUUUCUCACUCUAAUAUCCUCCACCUACCUAACAUAAAUCGUUAAUCGUUGUUGGGUGGGUUAAGGAGCGGAGAUUUUUUAAAUGCGUGCGUUGCUUACUGGUGAUUUUUUUGCCACAUUUAUAUUAUGUAUAAUACCAUUAAUCAUACCUACGGUACUAGAAGUCCAGCCUUAUUGCGUAUCUUCACGAUAGUCAUGUCAGUGGCAUGCAUGUCCAUAGGACGCAUUGCAUAUUGCAUUGGAAUUUGUGUAGUUCGGUUUCAAACGACUGAAUUAUAGUGUAUCUUUCAAAAGUCGACAUUGUUAUUUUCUGAUCUGAUAUUUGGUCCCCUCACGUACGAACUGACCAACAUUCUCCUGAAAUUUUGUGUAUGACUUUCUUCUGUAUAGUAAGGAGGUGUAACUAUAAGUUUCAACUACUUAAUUGUAUACCUCCUUCCUAGGCAUGCGGCCAUUAUCUCUGCUCAUAAUAAGUCUUCUGCUUCUUUGGUAAAGUAAUGGCCACAGACUUUGAGAUUACACUCACGAGAUGUUUGUAAUGCAUUUGCUUUGGUGUAAGCUUUCAUUCGUGAAUAACUUAAACAUUCGACAUGGGUUAUUAGAAAUUGGAUUUGAAACAGAAA